CACACGCCCACACAAUCAAGCUUUUUCUUUGUUGAUGUUCGAAAUUUCUCACAACACAAAAUAUCACUAAAGUUUGUGGAUUUUCUAUUGCUUAAAAUCUGAAAAAUGAAAAAAUACACUACGCCGGUUUUUCUUGGGCUUCUAGUUUUCUUGGAAGCCACUUAUUUUGGAGCGUCUUACUUGCAAAGUGAAGUUGAUUAUGACGGCCAGUUAUCCAUAGAACUUACACACGCGCUUGACAAUGUCGCGGAUCCAGUCUUUACCAGCAGAGGCUCUGUAGACAUCAAAAGCCUUCGAACUGGCUUUGCAGACAUUGACCAAGAAGACUUAUCUCCUGAAGAUGCUGCAAAAAUUGCUGCACUGAAGAAUGGGAUCUACAGAUUGCGAGCAGAAGUUUCCAGUGGUGCUGGAAAGAAAAAGACUUUCUUGACUUUUGUCGAUGGCUGCUCACUGUAUGAAUCGGCUUUAUCCGACAUUCUUACGGUCAGCCUUGACCACGCAGGUCAUCCUGUAGCUAUCAGUAUGAGCACCACCAAAGGCGUGUGUGAUGGAAGUGAAAUUAGCAAGAAAGAUCUCCAGUCCUUCAACACGACUGUUCUAAUUUCUCACAUGGAACAGGCUCCAAUUCCUGACACAAGUGCCUACAUUCAAAAGCUGGAAAGAGAAAAGGAGGCUCGAGAGCGAGGAGAAACUAAAGACACCAGAAGUUUCUUUGCCAAAUAUUGGAUGUACAUUGUGCCAGUUGUGAUCUUUGUUCUCAUAUCUUCGGCUGCAAACCCAGAAGCUGCCGCUGGAAACGGAGGUGGACGUUAAAUCACGAGAAUUUCCAUUCCUUUUUUUUUUAAUACGCCUGCAGUUAAAUUGAAGAAGCAAGCUAGUCAUCCCGGCGUCUGUUUGCAGCCUCCUUGUGUUUUGUGUUGUCUAAGAAGGUAAAACGUGUUUCUAUCAUUAUCAA